ACAGAUGGAGGACGGCACGCAGCACCUGGGACACUGCAUGGUUGACAUGACGGAGCUGAGUGCCAGUCCUGAAGGACUGAGCGCUGCUGGUGUAAUUCUAACACCCAAGCUGCCUCAGGUGGAGUUCAGCCUUGCCUGUAAUGAUCUGGUGGCCUCAGGCAGAGACAGGAAGCCCAAUGCUUUGGUCCAGGUGGCUGUCAUAGAUCCCCACAAGCAGCACCUUGUGUCUCACGCCUGCACAGAGAUAGUCGAGGCGAACAAAGACCCACUGUUUCUGACGGGGGUGACCUUCCCUUCAGAGUAUCCUGCUAGCCCAGAGACGCUAGUGAAACUAAGCGUGUACGAUGCAAAGGACAAGACCCAGGAAUCAAGCAGCUUCCUGGGUAGUGCCACAUUUUCAGUUGGGGAUCUUCUGCGGGCGAAGGAUGAACGACUGACCUUGAGUCUCAGGUCAUCUGAUGGUGUGUGCUCAGCAGGAACAGUGGUGGUGAGUCGUUUGAAGAUGGGGGAGAUGGAGGAAGCUGAUAUGGACCACAUCACCACUGACAUGCCAUCACAGAAGUGUCCACUGGUAUGUGAGUCUGCGCACCAUUCCUGCACCGACAGAGAAAAUAACCCACUGACCGGGCCAGUGUUCAAGAACCCAGUAUGCAAGGUGUACAGAUUUCAAACAGUGGACAGCAGGUGGAUGCUUGUGCGGGAACAAAUGGAGGAGUGCACUCUGUCAUUCAGUAUCCCCAAACAGCUGCUCUUGCUGUACAUUCAGGAGGACAUGAUCAGGGUGAAGGAUCUAAAGGAAUUGGGAGAGCUUUCCCCUCACUGGGACAACUUACGGAAGGAGGUGAUGACACGGUACGCAGGAAUAAUCAGCUCCUACCAAGAGACCUUAGCUGAAAUGGACAAGAUUAAUGGUCGCUCAUUUAAGCCAAGCUGCUGCAAAGCUCAAAAGUCUCUGGAGUUUAUCCCAAUAAACCUGCACACCCAGAGGAUGAGGGUGACGUGCCCCAAAAAAACAGAUGCAUUUUAUGACAUUGUCACUGUUGGUGCCCCAGCAGCCCACUUCCAGGGCUUCAAGUGUGGUGGUCUGCAGCGACUCCUGAGCAGAUAUGAAACAGAGAAAAAGAGCUUCAGCACUGCCUACCAGUGUAUCUACUACUCCCCAGAGCACACAGCCAAAGCUCAGGAGGUACUCAGCACCAUGAGCCUCCUCCAGCCCCUCAUCACGAGCUUAGUGGACCAGCUCCUUCAGGCUGCCCAUGAGCACUCUCCACCUGGACUGAGGGAUGCACUCAAGCACCUUUCUGACAAGACAGAACAAUUUGUUCACACACUUAAGGAUGAAUUGGUCAAGAGUGCACUCCUAGCACUGCACGCAGCGCAGCCGGGCUACAUUUCCAAGAACCAGAAGUCGACUCCGGUGCAGAGCCAACAUCAAGGCCACGCCAACCAGACCAAUGACCAGAAUCAGAACCCAGUUCAGGGACUUCCAGGCCACAGUCCGGCCACAUCAGUCCCUGAGAGCACAGUGGUGUGUAAUAAUGUGGAAGGAUCCCAAACAACGGCUGGAGGAGAGCGUUUGCCACUGAAGCACCAAGACACCAUACCGCACCAUAAAGAGUAUGACGAGGAGGAAUGGGACAGGCUCUGGGCUAAUGUGGCCAAAUGUCUCAACUGUGUAAUCGCUAUGGUGGAUAAACUCCAAGAAGAAGACAACACCAAGCAGGAUCCAGUCCCAGAGCAUCAGCUAGCUGAUGUCAUCACCUCCCACAAUCCUGGUGACUGGAGGGAGCAGUUAUCUCCUCUGGUGACCAGGUUAAAGGAUUGUGUGAUGGAGGUGGUGGAGAAGGCGAAGAGAGCCAUGACCUUUGUGCUCCUGCAGGAGGCAGCCUGUAGCAUUCCACAGGGCUUCCUCCUCCAGCAGAGGCGAGACGUAGUCUUCAGUCAGGCACUGGCAGCCUUGGCCUGUGGAUUCGUCAUGCGGUUGUAUGCAGGAAUGCAGGACAAAGGCUUCCUGAGGCAGCUCCACCUCGUUGGCCUGGUAGCUCAGUUUGAGAGCCUGCUCAGCACUUACAGUGAAGAGAUUGGGAUGCUGGAGGACAUGGAAGUAGGACUCUCAGACCUGCAGCGAGUCACAUUCAAGAUUACAGAGGCCAAGACAGAUGAUCUCAGUGACCUUCAGCCUUUAGUUUGUGGCAGACGAGACCACUUCACUGUAGAAGUGCCAUUACCACAAAUGGUUUUCCAGACCUUACCAGAGGAAAUCAAGGAGGGCAAGCCUCUACAAGUAUUCCCAGUGCUGUUUAACGUGGGAAUCAAUGAACAACAAACUAUAGCAGAAAGGUUCGGAGAUAUCUCUCUACAAGAAAGAAUAAACCAGAAGAACUUUGAGACAUUAGAAGCCUAUUACAAAUCAUUAAGUGAAAAGGUGCCAGUAGAAUGUCUACCGUGUUUUCAGACACAGACUGACAUAAAGGAAUUACUUGAAACCUUGGGCCAGAAUGUAAUCGCAAAGAAGAAAAAGAAUGUGGAGAUACUAUGGAUUGCUGGAACAAUCUGCCGAAGGUUAAAUGGCAUCAGGUUUACCAGCUGUAAAAGUGCCAAAGACCGAACAUCCAUGUCUGUCACUUUAGAGCAGUGUGCCCUCCUACGUGAUGAACACCAGCUCAGCAAGGACUUCUUCGUGCGCGCACUGGACUGCAUGCGCAGAGAAGGAUGUCGCAUUGAGAAUGUUCAAAAGAAUAUUAGAUGCAGGAAAUAUGCCUUCAACAUGCUGCAGCUGAUGGCCUUUCCAAAGUGCUACAGACCACCAGAGGGGACCUACGGCAAAGUUGACUCUUGAGGAUUGAAGCUGCGUACUAUAAAUUUAGUCAUCCAGUGUUAUCCAAGAAGUAACAUUAAAGAUUAUAAAUGAUAGUAUGUAAAAUAUAUUGUUAAUGACAAAAACACUUGCUGGAGGUGUGUGUGUGUGUGUGUGUGUGUCUAGGCAUUCAAAGGUUUGGAAGAAAAUUGGUCUAUUUUUAAAUUUUAAACGCACUUUCCACCUUACCACGCAUUGGUCACAGCUCAAGCAGCAAUAAGCAGGACAACUUGUGACUAAAUUAAAGUCUUAUAUAAUGUGUAUAUGUUUGUGUGUGUGUGUGUGUGUGUGUGAGAGAGAGAGAGAGAGAGAGAGAGAGAAACAUAACUGAUCUCAAAGAACAGCUUUCAAAAGAGUGGCGCUUUGUGUUUGUUUUAUGGUGAUGAUGCCUACACUCUGACCUCCCCUUAAAAAAUGAUAGUUUGGAAACACUGACCCUUUUCUGUUACAUAGUUUCCAUGACACACGUUCCAGUGAUUUUUUGCGGUAUAAACAGUGUUCUCCAUGGGAAAACUGUGUUCAGAUGUGUGGUUCUCAAAAAGAUAUGAGUGCAGCGUUCAAAACUCAAGUAUGACUUUUAUGCAACAAUUUAUGUACUUCUGCUGGUCUCAAGAAAUCAGUAUCUAUAUUUUUCAUAUUUAUAGUAAACUGCAGUAUUCAGGUUCAAGUUUACCUGUUGGUCAUUGACUGUAGGCAACAAAUUUUCCUUUGCUUGACUUUUCCUUUUGUAUUGCAAUACAUAAUUGCAAUGCAGUUAUGUAUAAUUGCAUUGCAAUACAUAAUUGCAAUGCAGUUAUGUAUAAUUAAACUGCAUGCUGCAUCUGUCACACCAGCUUGGCUUCAUAGUAGGAGAGGCAGGGUGCUAAAGUGGCCUGCCUGCAGUCCAGACUUUUCACCAACUGAAAACACGUAGAUCAUUAUGAAACCAAAAACACGACAAAGAAGGAUUGUUGAGCAGCCAAAUUCCUAAAACAGAUAAUAAGGAAACAACAUUUCUCUUUUAAAAGUCCUGCAGCUGCUCUCCUCAGUUUUCAUGUCCCUGUCCCAACUUUUUGAGGCAUGUUCCUGCCAUCAAAACCAAAAUGACCUUGUUUUUCUUUAAAAUUAUACAUUUUCGGGCGCCUGGGUGGCUUAGUGGUGAAGCCGACGACCAUAUACACACGCCGCGGCGCGGGUUCGCGUCCCAGCCAGUCGCCAAUUUGCCCGCGUGUCUUCCACCGUAUCUUUCCCCCAUUUCCUGUCACUCUCCACUGUAGACAAAAAGCCGCUGUGGCCAAAAAUGCAAAAAAAAAUUAUACAUUUUCUCAGUUUAAACAUUGGAUAUGUUCUGUUUGUUGUAUCGUGACUAAAAUAUGGGUUUAUAAGAUUUGCAAAUCAUUGCAUUCUGUUUUUACUUACAUUUUACUUUGCAUCUCAAUUUGGGGGGGAAUUGGGGUACAUUAAAAGAACAUGAAGGGCAGGGAAAAGUUGAACAAUUGAAUCCAGUUUCUGAAUGCUAUGGAGAACAUUUCUAUUAUUUAUUUUUGUAUUCUAAAAUGCUUUUUUAUUCUAAGGGUUGAUACCUUGGGUUUUAAUGCACAUUUACAAUAAGUUGUAUUACAUUUGACACAAGCACAAAUGUCUGAUUAAAAUAAAAGUGGUUUGAUGCUGA